AUGCCAAGACAAAAAUAUUGUGAACAUCCAAUAAAUCAUGCACAAACCACACGCAUACCAAAAGGAACCAAGGCUGUAUCUUUACAGCUUUCAAAGUUUUUGAUUUCUCAAUAUGAUGUGGUUCACAACCGAAUUCGUUGGUUAUGUGCAAGAUGCCAUACAUUUGAAUCGAAGAAAAUAAUGACUGAUCAAUCAAUGGAAUUCAACGAAGAUGAAAGUUCAAGUGAUGAUGGACCCAUGACAGAAGGUUCUCCUGUUAAUCAAAAAGAAAAUGAUAAUGAUGGCGCUGCCAGUAUGAAUGUCAAUGAAUUAAGUGAAGAAGAAAAACAAAAUUCUCAUAUGGAUAGUGGUAUUAUAGCUGAGUCAGAUGACAAUGAUGAUGAAUCACCACAUGUAGAUCAGGCCACAACUGAUCCUGAAUCAAUGGAUGGAGAUACAGAUCAUGUUUUGUAUGAACUCGAACACGAGAAACGCAAAGCAAUGGAAGAAUUAUCAGCUGUAUUCGAACUACUGAACAUUGAUCCAAUUCAUGACAAAUCAGCAGUAUCACCUAUUCGAAUUAAAGUUGAUGAAGUUUAUCGUAAACUAAAUCGAUUAUGUGACCUAUUGGGUGACAACUCUCAAAUUUCGAAUAAUCCAAAUCCUCAUGCACUAACAAUAUGUGAAUCGAAUGAACUUUUGAGUGGUUUGAAAAGGUUAUUCGAUGAGAGUGAUCCUGAUGAGAAGGUUCGUUUGAUGACAAUUGCUCCCAAAGAAUGGGGUCGAGAAAAAAUCGAAAAAUGGUUUGGAUCAAAACCUAAUCAGGCUCGACGAUCGGUUGCUCUUCGAAAAAACAAAGGAAUACUUGCUUAUCCAAAAAGUCUACGAGGAAAUACACCUUUAUCUGACUCAACAAUUGACACUGUGAUACAGUUUUAUUGCGAAGAUGGUAUUAGUCGAACCUCGUCCAAUUCUAAAGAUACAAUUAAAAUUAAUGGACAACGUGUAGCAGUUCGGUUUUUAGAAAUGACUGUCUUGGAUGCGUACCAUAUAUUUGAAGAACGACAUCCUGGACUUGUUUCACGAUCAACGUUCAAUACUCUUCGACCACGAGAAGUGAAGACUGCAGCACCACACGACACGUGCAUUUGCAUAAUUCAUGAAAAUAUUGACUUGUUACUAAAGGCCUGGAACAACCAUUAUCGGAAAUGUGCUGGUACAACUGCUUUAUCAGUCACCAACCAGAUUACUAUGAAAGAUCUGAUUAAUCAAAUGGUAUGCACAGACUCAAAUGAAAAAUGCUUCAGUGGUAAAUGUAAAAAUUGUUCAUCGAAGAACAUCGCAGCCAUUCUGACCAGCGGCAACAUAAUGGAUUUGGAUGAAGAAUGCUCAUGGACUUUGUGGAAGAAAAUUAACAAUAAGUUCGACCUUCAACAGAUGUUUGGCUCAGUUGAAUCUCUAUUAUCAGAAAUUGAAGAAAGAUGGCCAUCAUUCUUGCUUCACACACAUACAAACAGAGUACAACGUGAAUACAUCAAUGACUUGCGCAUUAAAUCGACGAACGACUCGUUUGCGGUGGCGCAAAUAGAUUUUUCAAUGAAUUAUACAUUGAUACGUCAGCGUGAAGUUCAACAAGGAUUCUUUAGUCAGCAUCAAGUCAGCUUAUUUACAAUUCAUCUUACCAUUGGAAAUGAGCAAAGAAAUAUAGCCAUUAUCAGUAACUAUAUGGAGCAUUCGACAGCAUUUGUGCACUGUGCACAAAAAAUUCUUGUUGAAUUUAUCAAGAAAAACUUUCCAUUGGUAAAAAAGAUCAAUUAUGUCAGUGAUGGGGCAUGUGCCCAUUUUAAAAACAACACUAGUAUCUUGAACCUGAUUCAUCACAAGAGGGAUUUUGGUUUAGAUGCUUCAUGGACAUUUACAGCUACGGGUCAUGGGAAAGGUGCUGGUGACGGAAUUGGUGCAGUACUGAAGUCUACCGCCAGACGUGAUACACUUUCCAAAAAUAUUCUCAUGUCAAACGCAAAAGAUUUUUAUAAUUUUUCACAAAAACAACAACUUGAAACAGCAAAAAGAUCCAACAAAGAUAAUCCUGGUGUUAAUAUCUUCUAUCUUGACUCGGAUGAAGUAGAGGAAGCUAUCAACAAUUGCUUAAAAAGCAGAAGCGAAAAACUUCGAGUUACAGGUACGAUACAAGGUAUUCGCAGCAUGCAUCAGUUCGAGCCAAUUAGCCAUUCAACGGUUCAAUACAGUUCGACGUCUCGAUCAACACAGAUAAGAACUUUUACAUUCAAAUAA